AUGCCAGUGGGGCCGCCGUCAACACCUGAGUCCGAUAUAGGAACUGAUGGGUAUGUUUGUGCCGUAAGAGGGUGUCACAAGAAGCCAUGGCCCGAGAGUGGGAGAUGCACCGCUCAUGGUGGCGAGCCUACUCCCCCGAGGUAUAAUCAAGCUGUCGAGAUUUCGGCGCGUCACAGGAAGAAGAGAUCGUCAGCAUCAUUGUGUCUAGUGGAAGGGUGCACGAACGUAGCACAGGCUCGUGGAAUCUGCCUCAAGCACGGCGCCAACCAACUGAAGAAAAAGAAGAAGGCUCUCCCUUGCAAGGUCGAAGGGUGCACGUCGGUCCGGCAUGGGGGCAAUUUCUGUCUACGACACGGUGGAGGGGCCAAGUGUAGAUACCCAGGAUGCGGUCAGCCUUGUCGCCAUCCAACCCCCCUAUGCCACGCCCAUGGCGCUAUGCCCAGCUCCUACACGGCUUGUGACGUCCCAGGGUGUGGAAGGCGGUGUCUGGUCGUCGCUGGUGGCCGCUGUCACGACCAUGGGGGCUACACAGCUGUGGGCAUGUGCCAGGACCUCAACUGCUUCAAACUGGCCAAGAAACCAAGCAUUUAUUGUGGAACGCAUGGCUCAGUUCCACAGUGUCAUGGGGCGCCCUCGUGUCGACGACGCCCUGUUGGCAAUACGGGCCUCUGUCGUAUGCAUGGUGGCCAGCCUGAUCCCGCGACGUGCUCUACCCCUGGGUGCAGCAAUUUAGCCCUGCCCAGCGGCCCAGGGGGGCAGAGGGUAUGCCCAAUACACUGGGAUGGAGUGACGACACUCGUUCAAAGAUGCUCCCAUAUCAUGUGCCAAAGACCGGCGCGAGAGUACGGCCUUUGUGUGGCUCAUGGAGGGGCGCGGCCUCAAUGUUCGGUGCCUGGGUGCAUCCAGCCCGUGGCUAACCGGCGUGUUGUUGGAGACAAUACCGUGCCUGAUAAGUGCCGUAUGCACCUUGGUCCCGAGUACAGUAGACGGUGCAUAGUGAAGGGGUGUAUGAAGGCUAGAAUGCUCAACGAUGACUCUGCUGGAAUGUGUGCUAAGCAUCACAUGGAGAGUCUGCAGGGAGAGGUUUUAAGCCUGUCUGGACCAGCAAGGCCACGUCGACGCGCCGACGGCAGCGUGGGUCGAAUCAUGUGCUCAGUCGAGGGUUGCAAUAAGCAAGUACCGUCAACCUCAGGCUCUGGAAAGUGCCGUCGCCAUGAUAUGUGCCGAGAGAGGGGAUGCAUGAGGGCUGCUUUCCAUGAGGGGUAUUGUGUUCGGCAUCAAGACUUGGUCAUCGCCGAUGCUCUGGCGGGGACCCAUCAACCAGUUAUGGAGGUCAACACAACGAGGAUGCCCCAUGGCGGGAUGGACGAGGGAAACGUUGAUACUUCGGGGACUCCCACCGCUUCGGAGGCACCACCAGAAGGCACGGUUGAGUCUAGGGUACACCAACAGCAACAAGGGCAGCAGCAGCAGCAGCAGCAAGCAAUGGGCAUCAACGAGGGUUCGCUGGUUAUCCCACAUGUUGACAACACCAAUGUGUCGUCAUCGUCAUCAUCAGCACGAUUCUUCCCCUCGCCGCCCGGUCCAAGCCACGUUCAAUACACUGACGAGGAACGUGCUGCUGAGGCAGUGGCUGCAGUAGUGGUGAUGGAAAUGGAGGCGGAGCGACAACAGAGGGGCGGAGGAGAGAGUCAGAAGUCUAUUGAUGCGCUCAAGGAUUAA